AAUAACUUUAUGCAUGUAGUCCAACAACCUACCCCAAAGAUGGACUUCAACCUAGAGCCUGAGCUCUUAAAAGGGCUUCAUGUGGAAGGUAUACUACAUUUGUGAACAGUUUGCAAUCAGAGCAUUUCGGUGAGCCAAUUAGAGAAUUGUCAUAUAGGAUUUACUUGUACCCAAAUGAAAGAACAGAGUUGUUGCUAAGUAACAUGUUAGAAGGUCGACAGAUCAUUGCCAGUAUGACCGGGUUUAAAACAUUUGCAGAGAGAGCUCUUAAAGGAACACUUGCUGAGACUCCCGAAAAUGUUUGGAAUUUUUUGGAGAACAUAGCAGAAAAAAUCAGAGAUGGAGCUCGGAAGGAGUAUGAAAUUAUGCGCAGCAUUAAAAUGGAAAAGAAAGAGACUGAUAGCAUAAGUGUUAGACAUGACGAAAUAAUGCCAUGGGACCCACCAUAUUUUGCAAAUUAUUGUCGCAAAAAACU